AAUUGGUAGCGCGUACACCGUACCUAUUCGUAAUAUUGCUAACACUUGUACAUAUUAUCGUAACAUACGUUUACGUUUAAUAUUUGCAAUUAGUUUGUUACCGUAAUUCAGUUAUUUUUUUAUUUAAUUAUUUAAUGUAAAUGAAUUUUUACUUGUGUUAUUAAUUUAAAGCUUGUUUAGAUAUCUGAUAAAUAAAAACUACACAUAAAUACUAAAUAUGGUUGUCAGGCAAUAUAAUGAAGAAUUAAAAUAUUUAGAAAAAAUAAAUCCACAUUGUUGGAAAAUUAAGAAAGGCUUUCAACCUAAUAUGAACGUUGAAGGCGUUUUUUACGUUAAUAAUACGUUAGAAAAGCUCAUGUUAGACGAAUUAAGGAAUUCUUGCCGGCCUGGCAUGACGGGAGGAUUUCUUCCUGGAGUCAAGCAAAUAGCAAAUGUAGCUGCAUUGCCAGGAAUUGUUGGGCGAUCUGUCGGUCUUCCGGAUAUACAUUCAGGAUAUGGAUUUGCUAUUGGUAAUAUGGCUGCUUUUGAUACAUCUAAUCCUAAGUCAAUUGUGUCUCCUGGAGGUGUAGGUUUUGAUAUAAAUUGUGGUGUCCGCCUUUUAAGAACUAAUUUACAUGAAAAAGAUGUUCAGCCAAUUAAGGAACAAUUAGCCCAAAGCUUAUUUGAUCAUAUUCCUGUUGGAGUGGGCUCUAAAGGUAUCAUACCCAUGAAUGCUAGAGAUUUAGAAGAAGCUUUAGAAAUGGGUAUGGACUGGUCUCUAAGGGAAGGGUAUGUAUGGGCUGAAGAUAAAGAACACUGUGAAGAAUAUGGUCGCAUGCUUAAUGCCGAUCCAUCCAAAGUGAGCUUAAGGGCAAAGAAACGAGGACUGCCACAAUUAGGAACUCUUGGAGCUGGUAAUCACUAUGCUGAAAUACAAGUUGUUGACGAAAUUUACGAUAAAUUUGCUGCUGGUAAGAUGGGCUUAGAAAGAAUUGGCCAAGUAUGUGUAAUGAUACACUCAGGAAGUAGAGGAUUUGGUCAUCAAGUAGCAACAGAUGCACUUGUGCAAAUGGAGAAGGCCAUGAAAAGAGAUCAAAUUGAAGUUAAUGAUCGUCAACUGGCCUGUGCAAGGAUAAAUUCUGUUGAAGGUCAAGAUUAUUUAAAAGCUAUGGCAGCAGCAUCUAACUUUGCAUGGGUCAACCGUAGUUCAAUGACAUUUCUUACACGUCAAGCAUUUUCAAAACAAUUUAAACUGGCUCCUGAUGAUUUAGAUAUGCAUGUUAUAUAUGAUGUUUCUCAUAAUGUAGCCAAAAUAGAAGAACAUAUUGUUGAUGGUAAAGUAAAAACUUUACUUGUUCAUAGAAAGGGAUCCACAAGAGCAUUUCCUCCUCAUCACCCACUGAUACCAGUGGAUUACCAAUUGACUGGGCAACCUGUAUUAAUUGGAGGAUCUAUGGGCACAUGUAGUUAUGUGCUAACAGGUACUCACCAGGGUAUGACAGAAACUUUUGGAUCCACAUGUCACGGAGCUGGCCGCGCUCUCUCUCGCGCCAAAUCUAGGCGAAAUAUUGAUUACAAGGAUGUAUUAAAUAAGUUAGAAGGUAUGGGAAUUUCUAUAAGAGUAGCCUCACCAAAAUUAGUAAUGGAAGAAGCUCCAGAAUCUUACAAGAAUGUGACUGAUGUUGUAAACACUUGUCAUUCUGCUGGCAUCAGUAAAAAAACUGUUAAAUUACGUCCUAUUGCUGUAAUUAAGGGUUAAAUUAAAUACAUUAUAUUACUAUAGGCUGACUUUGAAAUCAUUGGCAUUCUUUAUUUUACAAUCAGGAAUUUUAAAUUUGCAUUAAAAAACAUUAUUAAAAGUUUUAAACAGAAAAGAAAUAAUAACUGCAUUUUGUUAGGAAUAUGUCUAAUUAGAUAAAAAAAGUAGUAAUUACCUAUGGGAUUAUAUUAAUGGCUUUGGUAUACCUUAGUAACUAUAAGCAGUUUACACAUAUCCCGACGGUUGAUCAUAUUUGAUACUUUUCCUUUCUUUUUUUUAUGUAGUAUUUUUAUAUAAUUAGGUUCAAUGGAUGCUAAUGAUAUAUGGAAAGUCAGUCAGAAUUAUGUAUACUGGAUACAUAUUUGUCAUCGCAUUUACCAUUUAUGUAAAUGUAAUUUUGUAGUAAUCUGUAAUGUUUGUUUCAUUAUAUAAAUAAAAACACAAUUAUGUAUUUUAUUUAAUUGAUGGUAACAUUUCACUAACAUUAUAUUAUUAAUACUGAAUUUAUGUUGACUAACAUUGGAGGUAUUUGAUGACUACGUUGUGAAGUUCUACAUCUAUAAUAUUUUCAUUUUAUCAGCUAGUAUCACUAGUAAAGCAGUUCCGAGGAAAAAUAGACCAGAUGGCAACACAGUUGUUGUAUAAUCAACUUUAUCUGAAACAAAAAACAGAUAUAUUAAUAAAACGUGUUAUUUAUAUGUAAUUUUUCUAAAUAAAUAUUUAAAUACAA